AUGUCAUCGCCUACGCCUAUGAAGAACAUCGUUGUCAUUGGUGCCGGGGUUGUAGGUCUCACCACCGUGGUCAAGAUACAAGAGAAAGGCGGAUUCAAGGUCACCAUUGUCGCAGAGACCUUCCCGACUGACGCCAACCCACAAGCUGGACUGUGCUGGCACGCCACAGGUGUAUUGACCGCCGUUGAUGCGGCUCGUACCAUCUAA